UCCAUCCAUCCUUGCCUCUCGUGUUGCUGCUGCACGCAUCCUCCUGCUCACCAUGUGUGUGUUUGACGUCAGAAACUUAGGAGGGGCUCCUCCGUGAAGCUGGUUGCUGUUUGUGGUCCUGAAACAACGCCUGUAUUGUGUUGCCAUUUAGCGAAUUCCGCUCCUGUUUUCCUCCAGUUUUUCCUUCUAUUUUUUUUUUAAACACUCAUCCCUCCCUGCAACAUGCAUCUCUAAUAGUGUGAGUCCGAGCAGGCGACACCAGAGUCCGGCCUUAAACAUGCUGUUUUAGCGGAGGUGCGAUGGACCAGUGUAGCCUGUAGGCAGCAGCGGUAUGGAUCCACGGUGGUGUCCCGUCCUCCUCGCUGCAUUGGCGGUCAGCCUCUGCUCCUCACCUGCCCUCGCCGACAGAAAAUUCGGUUGUCUGUUUGAAGACGAGCUCUGUGCACCGUACGAGUUCUGCGUCAAUGAUGAAGUGUUUGGAAGGUGCCAGGAGCUGGCCGGUGCAGACCUGUCCACGUACGAUAUUUCUUCCUCUGGUCUGCAACGCCUCAGGAUCCUCCUACAGAAACUGGCUCACAGAGGUUUGACGUGGCAGGAUGACACCACUCAGCAGGUCAUCUCCAGGGAGCUCUCCAAAUUGAGGAACGUCCCCCUCCGCAACCAGGCCACACCUCCAAGCCCGCUGACGGCCUACGGCAGCUCCAGAGACAGGAAACUGAGGCCUGGGCAGGCUGAGCUGAGCAGAAACCUCCAGCACUACCUGACCGGUCUGGGCUUCCUGCCGCACGCCGAGGUAGAUGCACAGCCAGGUGUCCAGCAAGAAGCAGCCAAGGUUCAGAAUGAAGACAUCAAGUCUGGUGAUCGUCUGGAGCCCAGUCGGCCAAAACCCCAGCAGGGCUGGAAGGAGACCACCAUCUACAGCCUUCAGAAAGGAGCUGGCCAACCUCCGGUCACAAAAGUCUUCACCCAGAGUGGAGAGGGCAGGCACCCCAAGCUCAGUACAACCUACUCCAACCAGGACUCAGGGAGGAGCAAAGUCCUCUCCGGCCAUCUGGAACGGCUUCUUUCCGGUGCACCGGGCCCUCAGCAGGGCAGCCCAGGUGGCGAGGCUGCGUGGCCCAAAGGAAAGCUCCACUACCUCAGCUACAUGCGGCCAACUCCAAUCGGCCAAGCAGAGCCGCAGACUCAGGUCACUUUUGGCUCCAAAACCCAAAGGCCUAAUCUAGACAGGCUGCUGUUCAAGUCCGGCUCAAACCGACUGCCCGCGAAAGAGCCUCUGAGCGUCAUGGAUGAGCGAUUCAUCCAGAAUAUGGUGAACCAGCUGGGCAGACACAGCAUCCACAUGGAGGCUUUGAUGGGUAAAGACCUGGACCAGCUGGCUGAGGUCAUCACAGGAGCCCUGCAGGAGGUGGAUGAGGAGCGGCCGGCGCUUGAGACCCAGCCAGGACCAGGAGCCACCGACUCCAGGGGGGAGAUGGAGGCUAACAGGGAGCCACUGGCAGAAAUGCAUCUGAAUCAAAACCAGGACCUGAAAUCAGAUAAAGGGCAGGAUCUAAACCAGAAAGACACACUGAGAACGAAACAGCAAGGCCAACAAAUAGACGGUGCAGACAAAGAGCCCGUUGACAAGCAUGCAGCCUUCUUCUCCAAGCUGCUGGACUACCUCAACAUGGAGCCCUUUGGCGAUGCUCCAGAGGUCAACGGUGGGCAACCGGCUCCCCUCCGGAAAAUGGUCGGACUGGAGAGCGUGCACAGCCGGACCAUGCAGGACCAAGUUCCCGUCUCCCACCGCUGGCAGGAGAAGACCGUGGGCGAACCCGCGAAGGAAGGCGCCACCCUGCGGCUGAGCGGCGGGGCGGAGAGGCCUGAAGCGCAGGUGGACUCUGACAUCGAGAGGUGGAUGCAGGGGGUUCAGGACCCUACGGGGAAGAAGCAGCUGGAGGAGCCGCAGAAGAAGGACAUGAGAGUCAAAACCCAGCUGGUCCAUGUGGGGGUGAAGGAGUUUUCCAGCAGAGGGAAGGACAGACACUUUGGCUACAUUAUCACUGGUUCAGACUCCCUCACCACUGACCAGGGCUUGGACCUGAUGGAGCGUCUGACCCAGAGACUGAGCCUCCACGCCGCCGAUCUCACCCAGCUCUCCGUUCUGGGUCCUGCGCUGACGUUCAGAGUCGGCCAAAACCCCAAGAACGUGACCACCGCCGACCUGGUUCAAGUCGCAGUCCAACAGAAGCAGCAGCUGGAGAAGGAGACGGGCCUGAAGAUCGUGGAGGCCGGAGUGAGUGAUAGGGGCAGCCUGACCCAGAUCCCCGUGGUGAAGGAGACCAGGGUGGAGUCGGGCCAGUUCCUGCUGCUCUCCGUCCUCUGCAUGCUCUUCAUCCUGGUGGCGCUGGCAGUGUCCGCCACUUUCUUCUGCGUGCGCCAGCGCUCACACCUCCGCAUGAAGGAGAAGCUAGCCAGCCUGGGGACUGACACCAGCACCGAUGCCACUGCAACCUAUCAGGAGCUGUGUCGCCAGCGAAUGGCGAUCCGAACGUCGGAGCGCGUCGAGAGGCCGGAGACCCUGCGACACUCUCGCCUCAACAGCGUGUCGUCUCAGUUCAGCGAUGGCCCUGCAGCCAGUCCAUCGACCCGCAGCAGCACCUCCUCCUGGUGCGAAGAGCCCGUCCCCUCCAACAUGGACAUCUCCACCGGUCACAUGAUACUGUCAUACAUGGAGGACCACUUGAAGAACAAGAACCGUCUGGAGCGUGAGUGGGAGGCGCUGUGCUCCUACCAGGCAGAGCCCAGCGCCUGCAGUGUGGGCCAAGGCGAGCAGAACUCCAAGAGGAACCGCUCCGACGCCGUGGUCGUAUAUGAUCAUUCCAGGAUCACCUUGAAAGCGGAGAAUAACCACGGCAACUCAGAUUACAUCAAUGCCAGUCCAAUAAUGGACCACGACCCUCGUAACCCGACUUACAUCGCCUCGCAGGGCCCGCUUGCUUCCACCGUGGCAGACUUCUGGCAGAUGGUGUGGGAGAGCGGCUGCGUUGUCAUCGUCAUGCUGACCCCCCUGUCUGAAAAUGGAGUGAAGCAGUGUCACCACUACUGGCCUGAUGAGGGAUCUGAUGUCUACCACAUAUACGAGGUCAAUUUGGUGUCUGAGCACAUCUGGUGUGAGGACUUCCUGGUGCGGAGCUUCUACCUGAAGAACCUGCAGACCAACGAGACCCGCACCGUCACGCAGUUCCACUUCCUGUCCUGGAUGGACCGUGGGAUCCCCAACUCGGCCAGGACCCUGUUAGACUUCCGCAGAAAGGUUAACAAGUGCUACCGGGGUCGAUCUUGCCCGAUAAUUGUUCACUGCAGUGAUGGAGCUGGCAGGAGUGGGACUUACAUUCUGAUUGACAUGGUCCUCAAUAGGAUGGCUAAAGGUGCUAAAGAGAUUGAUAUUGCCGCUACCCUGGAGCACUUGAGAGACCAGAGAGCUGGCAUGGUCCAGACAAAGGAGCAGUUUGAGUUUGCGCUGACAGCCGUGGCAGAGGAGGUGAACGCCAUCCUGAAAGCGCUUCCUCAGUGAAGGCAUCACACUCCCCUCCUCCCCACCUUCUCCUCGCUCGCUGAGCACCGGUUUCUUCUGCCCACUCAAGACUGACAUCUCUCUCUGCCCUUCCCUCUCCUCGCUCUGUUUCUCUCUCUCUCCUGUCUCUGCCUCCUCUUCACCUCUAUAUAUACUGUAUACUUAUGAAUGUCGUGCCGGAUAUCUCACCUGUAUCCAUAUUUGCAAAUUUCGCCUCAGAGUGCGACUGUUGAUCUGUGUUGUUUUCGGCGAGUUCAGCCUGACGUGACGUGGGAAGUGCAGAUCGGCGCUCCUGCUGUGAGGCGUUUUUUGUCAAUAUGAACCCCCUGAUCCUCUAUAACUGUGAUGUUGUUCCUGAACAUACCGUUCUAGUGCCACUGACGAGAUGUUUACGUGAUGUCAAGUGAAGAUUUUUGUUCCAAAAUGAGCUAUGUACUGUCAAAAAAAACUGACACGAAUGCUUAGAAAAUGACUAUUGGCACAUCUAAACCAAACUGUAGUCGGACCGCCACUAGCAAACAUUUCCUCGAUUAAUCGUUUAGUCUGUGGAGUGGUGAAAAAUAGUGCAAAAGGCCACGUUUAUUUGCUUAUUUUGUACAACUAACAAAUUCAGAUUACUGUAAUAUUCCGCAAAGACGCUGGAAUCAAAGAAUGUUCAGCAUUUAUGCGUUCCAUUUUUUUGCCAAUCAUCUAAUCGAUCAAUCGAUGAUCGUUGUGGCUCUCAGCUGUAGUACUUUUAGAAUAAUGGCAUGUAAAGUAAACCGCGUUCUUGCCUGUAUAAACGAUGAUACUGUACAGAUUAUAUCCUCUAAGCGAAUCGAUGUACUGGAUACAUGUAGCGUUUUGGAAGUAAACUCCUCACAUGUUUCUCCUCCUCCUCUGUGAUCUGAACCAACGACUCUAUGCUCAGCAUCACGUGUGCAGAUGUUGAAGUGUGUGUUAUUGUCGUGCUUUGGGUCCAGACAUCUCGUAUUGAACCACAGACUCUGAAAAAGCCUCACAGAUCUUGCAACAUAUCAGCCGUUUUUUUUUUUUUUUAUGACUCCGUGCAUUGAUUUGACAGAUUUUGUUUGUUCCAUAAACAUCUCUGUUAAUAUUAAAUGUGGAAUUACACCAUCUGAGAUAGUUAUUGCUUCUAUUUAGAAAUACUGUCAUCCUGUAUCAAUAGUAAUAAUAUGAUCUAUUUAAGAAGACAUUAUAUUGGGAUUGUUGCUAAAUGACAUUCCAUCUCUGGUAUAUUGUGACAUUUUGUGCAACAUGACAGAUUAUUCCCUCUGUGUAUAGAUGAUGAAUGACUUUAUGAAUCCUUAUAUAGUGCUAUCUGAAAUGUACACUGAAAGCCUCAAUGAGAACUAUAUAUUUUGUGUGAGAAGUAACAUUCAGAUUGAUAAUAAAUCAGAACAGACUCUA